UGAUGGGGUUCUGAGUGGCUCUGGGCGGUCCAGGGUGGCUCUGGAGGGUCCAGGAGGGCCAUGGGAGGUUCUGGGGGGCUCUGGAGGAUCCUGGGGAUCCCCAGCCCCCCCCCCGUGUACCCCAAACUCCCCCGGUGCCCCCCCGAGGCCGCGCCCUCCUGGGAAGUCCUUGAGGGGCCACAUUUGCUCCCUUAUCAACGCCCCAAUGAUUAAUUCAUUAAUUAAUCAUUAAACAGCUCCGGGGAGGGCGGGGGGGCGCUUUGGGGGUCCCCGCACCCCGGGAGGGCGCAAAUUUUGUGGGGGGGUCUAGUCCCCAAACCUGUCCUUGCGGUCACCAAGGGGGGGAACCGGGGGUGCAGCCGGCCCGGGGGGGGGGGGUCGGGGUGCCCCCCCCGGGGUCUGGCGAGGUCACGUCGCGACCUUGGCGCGUUAUCGCGACAGCGAUAGGGGCGAUAGGGGCGGCUAAAAGCGACAGCGGGCCCGGGGUGGGGGCAGCGAUGGCUCCGUGGCUGCUGUGGCUGCUGCUGGUGAUCGGGACCGGGACCGGGACCGGGGGGGCCCCUCCUGAGCCCCGGGCGGUACCGGAGCCCCGGGCGGUGUCGGACGCGGAGCUCCGGGAGCUCUCGGAGCAGUUGCUCGCCGCGGACUCGAACCGGGCCGGGCCGGGGCAGCUGGAGCUGAACCUGGAUGGCUCGGGCAGGCUGUUCUCGCGGGUGUCCCCGUCGCUCCUGGCUGUCCCCACGGUCUCGGCGCUGCUGGCCCUGCUGGACAAUUACGAGCCGCAGACGGGCCGGGCUGAGGCGGAGCCGCCGGAGGAGCUGCGGGAGCAGCAGCGCUUCCUGGAGGCCGCGCUGGCCACGCCGGUGCUGGCGCUGCUCGAGCGCUUCGUGCUCGACAAAGGGCUGUACCCCUCGGCUGAGGCGUUCCGGACCGAUCUCCACUCCAUGUGGUUCGGGCUCUACUCGCGCUCCAAAGGACAAGCGCUGGACUCGUCCGGCUUCGAGCACGUCUUUGUGGGGGAGGUGAAGAAGGACGCGGUGUCCGGGUGUCACAACUGGGUACAGCUGCAGGCGCUGGAGAGCGCGGGGAGGCUGCAGUACCUGGGCUACACCUGGGACGGACCCUGGGCGGCAUUCCCGGACGUGCUGUCGCUGCGGUUCCGCUGGGACGGGCACCUCAAAUCGCGGGGGUCGCUCCUGGUGGGCUCCAGCCCCGAGUUCGACCUGGCGCUGUUCACGCUCUGCUUCCUGGCACGGCCCGACAGCCAGUGCCACGUCAGCCUGGGGGGCCAGGCCGCCACCAUCCAGACCUACAGCUGGGACAAGCAGCGCCUGGUGGCAUCGGCGUACCCCCUGACCCCCCAAUGAACCCCCCAGGACCCCCCUGCCCCCCCUGACUCCCCCAUAACCCCCCAGACCCCUCAAUAAACCCCCCUGACCCCAUUCCCGCCUCUGCCUUGGACGGUGCAGGGGAUGGGGACACCGGGACCCCCAAAGAGUGCUGGGACCCCCCCAGUGGAUGUUGGGACCCCACAGUGACCGCUGGGACCCCUUGAGGGUGUUGGGACCCCUCAAUGACCAUUGGGACCCCACAGUGGAUGUUGGGACCCCACAGUGACCACUGGAACCCCACAGGCACUGAUGGGACCCCCCCAGUGGAUGUUGGGACCCCACAAUGACUGCUGUCACCCCACAAUGGCCACUGGGAGCCAACAGUGAUCCCUUGUACCCUGCAGGGACCCCUGGGACCCCCCAAUGGAUGUUGGGACCCCACAGUAACCACUGGGACCCCUUGGGGGUGCUGAGACCCCACAGUGACCACUGGGACCCCACAGUGGAUGUUGGGACCCCACAGUGACCACUGGGACCCCUUGAGGGUGUUGGGACCCCACAAUGGAUGUUGGGACCCCACAGUGCCCGCUGUCACCCCCACAGGUGGUGGCACCGCCCCAGGUCC